CAGGGCCGCCCCAGCGGUCGGGAUAGGCCGGGCCGGGCCGGGGCCGCCCCUCGCCCUGGGCGGGCGGCGCUGCGCGGCGCGGCGCUGCAGGCUCCGCGUCCCGGCUGCGUGCGCCAGUGCCUCCCCCAGCGCCGCCGCUGCCCGCCGCUUCGCUGCUGGCGCCGGGCUGCGGAGGGCAGAGGCAUGCCCAGGAGGAGCAUCGCGGAGGUGAAGGUGCUGGACGUGCAGAAGCGGCGCAUCCCCAACAAGCACUAUGUAUACAUUAUCAAAGUCACCUGGUCCAAUGGGUCCACAGAAGUCAUAUACCGACGGUACAGCAAGUUCUUUGACUUGCAGAUGCAAAUGCUGGACAAGUUUCCGAUGGAAGGAGGUCAGAAGGACCCCAAGCAAAGGAUUAUCCCCUUUCUGCCAGGGAAGAUCCUCUUCCGCCGAAGUCACAUCCGGGAUGUUGCGGUCAAGCGUCUGAUACCUAUUGAUGAAUACUGCAAGGCUCUGAUCCAGCUGCCUCCCUACAUCUCUCAGUGUGAGGAGGUUCUUCAGUUCUUUGAGACAAGACCCGACGACUUGACUCCCCCCAAAGAAGAACCCAUCGGAAAGAAGAAGUCUGGGUUUAUCCAGAGAACGGCUUCUUUCCUUCAGAGAGGAGCUGAUUCUGCAUCGGUCGAUCCCUUGGUGCUGGAGCAGUAUGUCGUGGUGGCGGACUACCAGAAGCAGGAGAGCUCCGAGAUCAGCUUGUGCGUGGGCCAGGUGGUGGAUAUCAUUGAGAAGAACGAAUCAGGCUGGUGGUUUGUGAGCACGUCGGAAGAGCAAGGCUGGGUGCCAGCGACCUGUCUGGAAGCUCAGGAUGGCGUCCAGGACGAAUUCUCUAUGCAGCCUGAUGAAGAGGAGAAGUACACAGUUAUUUACCCAUAUGUCGCAAGAGACCAGGAUGAAAUGAACCUGGACAAAGGGGCUGUGGUGGUGGUGAUCCAGAAGAACCUGGAGGGCUGGUGGAAAAUCAGGUACCAGGGCCAAGAAGGCUGGGCCCCGGCCUCCUAUCUCAAAAAGGGGAACGGAGAGAUGUUUUCACAGAAGCUAGGGUCAGGCUCCUCCACUCAUUCAUGUGCCUUGGAUCUGGAUGGCAUCUCCCGGCAGCAGAACGCGGCAAGCCGAGAGAAGGACGGGCUUGCCAGCCAGAGAGAUGGGAGAUUUGACAGCCGUCCCCUGCCUAAUGCUGACAUUCGACGCAAGUCACCGAAGAUGAGGCAGAGACCCCCUCCUCGCAGAGAUCUGACCAUACCACGUGGUUUGAACCUGCCUAAACCUCCUGUCCCUCCUCAAGUGGAAGAGGAAUACUACACCAUAGCUGACUUCCAGACCACCAUCCCGGAUGGCAUCAGCUUCCAGGCAGGAAUGAAAGUAGAGGUUAUUGAGAAGAACCUGAGUGGCUGGUGGUACAUUCAGAUUGAGGAGAAGGAAGGCUGGGCUCCUGCUACGUUUAUCGAUAAAUACAAGAAAACAAGCAAUGCGUCCAGGCCAAACUUCCUGGCUCCGUUACCCAACGAGAUGGCCCAGCUCCGGGUUGCUGAUGCCGCAGUGGAAAGCAGUGCCAAUGAAGAAGCCACGGGACCGUGCAGGCCUCUGCCAGAGGCUCCUCCAAAUGGUAUGGACUGUGGAAUGAAGUGGGCCAAAGACUGGAAGGGAAAGGAGGCUGCUGAGAGUGCAGACAUAGCCUUCACCUCUGGGUAUGAAGAGAUCUCGGACCAUGAUGUGGAGGAGAAGCCCAGCCUGCCACCCAGGAAGGAAUCAAUCAUUAAAUCUGAAGGCGAGUUAAUGGAGAGGCAGAGGCCUCCUCCCAAGCCUCCAGGCAUGAUUUUGCCCAUGAUCCCACCAAAGCAGACAGCAGCCCCAAAGGACAGUAAGAAGCCAGAGCUGAAAACAGAGAAAGGCAAACUGUUCCAGCUGAAAAACGAAAUGGGACUGGAAUGUGGACACAAGGUGUCAGCCAAGGAAGUGAAGAAGCCAAAUCUCCGACCUAUUGUCAAGCCAACCAAGCCAAAAGCUGAGCCCUUGGAGGACAAGCCUGAGCCACUUACCCAGAAUCCUUUCCUGAAAUCAAGACCCCAGAUCCGGCCAAAACCUGCUGCAGCCCCCCGGGCUGACCCACCUCCAGCUGAUGAUAAACUGGACAUUUGUAGCCUGCGAAGCAAGCUUAGACCUGCAAAGUGCCAAGAGAAACCCUCUGAGCAGGACACUGCUGCCAGUGAAAACUCCUUCAGUAAUACCACGGUCCCCUCAGAGACUUCUGGAAGGUUUCAGGAGCGACCGAGUGUGGAGAGCAAGCCUCUGCCUAAACUGGACAGCCACGUCACAAAAGAGGCACUGCCCAAAUGUCCUCUGGGCCUAGCAAAGAUAGCUCACCCUGAGCCAAAGAGCGACUACCCAACUCCCAGGGAGCCUCCGCCUCAGCGGCCCGUUGUACCACCCCGUAGACCACCGCCCCCAAAGAAAACAGCAUGUCCUGCCUCUGGCCCCACAGCAGAGCUGAAAACCCCAACGCGGGAAGCACCUGAAAUCAGAUCUUCUGCCGUACCAGGCAGGCCCAUGCUGGUCCCACCGAAAGCCAAACCGUUCCUGUCUGCUUCAAGCCAAGACGAAGCCAAAGGGAAAAGCAGCUUAGUCCCAAAGGUAAUAUCCAGGCCGGUGGAGAGAGGGGAAGCCAAGGAGAGGACGUCUGUCCCCUUCUCCAAUCCGGACGUCUCCAAGGAAGCUCUCUAUGUUGCAGUGGCAGAUUUUGAAGGCGAUGAGGAGACCAACAGCUUUAAAGAAGGAACUUUAUUUGAAGUUCGUGAGAAGAACAGCAGUGGCUGGUGGUUUUGCAAGGUCCUGACUGGGGGGCCCUGUUGGGAGGGCUGGAUCCCUUCCAAUUAUCUAAGAAAGAAGCCAUAGUCUGUCCUCUGUUUACACGGUUGGAGGUUCCUUGUUCUCUCACCUGAGUAUUUAAUUAGCUUAUUAAUUUAUAGUUUGCCAUAAGGCUGGCUUAAAAAAAAAAAAAAAGAUACCAUACAUUCCAGUUUGUCCCCUUCUGAGGUAGUGUGCAAGAAGCAGGCUCGACCCAUGCAGCUAGGCCUCCACGUCCGAUCUGUGUGCUCCCACCCUCCCUCCUCCCCACGUCCCUGGAAAUAUUUCUCUACUUUGGCCAUGUACAACAGCCUAGCCACAUAGUGCUGUUCUGAACAAGCUUCACAGCAUACAGGGGCUAACAUGGUUCUCCCUGACAGGGAGGACAUUGAUACCUUGAUAGGCAUUUUUGCCACCUGUACAGGGAAUUCAAAGGAAAUACGGCAGGAGCCAGGUCGAGCAAUGAAGCUUGGCCUGGUACCAGUGAAGGAAAUCUGGACUCACAAAAUGAUUUGCUUCUCCCUGAGACUCAGGGUCAUGGUCAAAUGUUGUACAUCAUAUUGCUUAGUUCAGGUGUAUAACAGAGUCAUAGGAAACAUGGAAACAAGGAGAAAUGGUUGUUCAGGGUCGGGUCCCUAUAGCUGUGUGUGCACAUGCAGGCACACAUGCACGUUGGAGGUCAGGAGUUGUGCUCUAGUUAAGGUCUGUGCCUUGCUUCCCCACUGCGCGUGCCGUAAGACAGUCCUUAGGUCCUUCUCUCUUCUACAAUGACAAGUGUUAAUUUAAACAUCCUCCUCUUGGAAAAAAAAUACACACACACAUACACACACACACAUUACAGGUCCUCUCUGUGCUCAUCCAGGGCUCUAUGCAGACUUGUACCUUGCAGUGUUACAACCAAACAAGAGGUGUUUUGCUUCGGUAGCUGAAGAAUACUAUGCAACGCACAGAGGACCGGCGUGACCCCAUGAGUCCUGGAAAGACGAUGCUUUGCUUUCCUCCCAACACAGACUGUGCUGCCUGUUGGACUAACCGGGGACGGCCCGUUCCCGUGACCCACUGAGCUUCCCAGGGCUGGCAGGCAGCAGCCGGAGGUGGGUCCUUUAGUAGGUGCUGAUAUUAUGAAGUGCAAUCCAGAAUGUGGGAGUUCAGCUCCUCAUGACAGUCAGUUGUGAGGUGUGUCUGGUGCUCAGGUGUUCCCUGUCUCUCUGGUUUAGUUCUUUUUCUAAUGCUUCCUUAUUUUACUUUUCUUCAUUCUGCUGAGGGGAAGAGGACAGCAUAGAAGAAUACAAACUUCUAGUUGACUCUGCCUUCCUCACCAUGCUGGUUUGUUAAACUGUCUGAAAUGCCUUGUUUGUCUCCCCAUCUGUCUUCCUGUACUCUAAAUACUUUCAUUACAUCCUGUGUGUCAGUCUGCUUGGGGGCUUCAAGUCAAACCGUGCCUGUGAAACUCCUACCUGCCAAGCCUAAUCUUGCAACAUUUAUCCAGGCUUGCAACGUUUAUCCCAGCAGGGAGACGAAUGUGAUCUGCCCAGCUGUCCCUCCCUCGUGCUUCUUUCUUCCCGUCUGUACUUGGCUACUUGCAGAUUCAGGACGUUUCUCUCUCCGGAAGAGCUUUAAACCCAGCACUUCUGUGGGUUUAUUGUUGACCAAGCCCAUCUGCCCGGUCUAUUCUAAUUGCAACUGUAAGUGCUGCAGACGCAGCUCCGCAGCCACAUUGUUUUGCUGCUGAAAACAAUUAUAGUUUUCCCUCUAAUUUAAGGCUGGCAGAAUUGAAGACACUGCGUGCUGCAGGACUAUUGUCCACUCCCCUGAACGUUUGCUUCCAUCCCAUAUUUUCUUUUGUAGAAACGUGUGGUUAAAGAUAUCUCUGUCUAUGUACAGAAUGAAAGUGGUAGUGCCUGAGGCUAGGGUCGUUUGGAGAAGGUGAUGGGGGCAGUUUGUCCCAGCCUGUGUUUUGAUCAAACAGAGAAGCCAUCCUAGUGCAGCCUAGUAUCCAGAAGCCCCAAGGUUGAUUUUUAGCCAUGGGAAUUCAUGCGCCCAGGUCUCUGGCUGAUUCCUCUCCCUCCCACCUACAAUUUUCUCUGAUUGCGCAUUAGGGCUGACUCACCUGAUCUGGCAAUAAGCAAUACAUUUGCAACAAGAUCCAAUAACAAAGUUCCUUCUGUGGCACUUAGAGGUGUUGAUGUGCUCCCAGGAGAGUUGCACAGUGGGUUCAGAGAACAAUACUGCCUUGUCUCUUUGCAUCUCUUGCUCCAUUAAAACUCCUUUGCUGUGGAAAUGAAGGCAGCCCUUAGGAUGAGUUAAGACAGAGUUGGCCAGCAGUCAAAUUCAGCUCCCACUUUUGCUGAGGAAGGGGCCAGAAGGAGCCAUGUCCCUCACCCCUCAUCCUCGCCGGUUGCUGUCGGUUGUUCCAAGCAGCCAGUUGAAGGGGCUGUGUGCCCUUUUCCUGGGGCAGUGCUUCCUUGCUCUCUCUUUGCUGAACAGCCUUUUUGGCCUCAGAGGUGUCUGUCUCGUUUCUCUGUCUCAUAGACCUCACUGAUCCCAAUUUUCCUCAUAUGUGAUAAUGCUAUUUCUGUUUUUCCAUACUAAAUGAGGGCUAUUUCUGUUUUCCUCCCAGACUGAACACUAGAACUGGUAGUGCUUCAUAUUGCUGACACAAGUACUGUAUUUGGCUCACUGAGAGCAUGACAGGAUUGGCCACUUGUUCCUCAAGAGCUUCUAAGAACGUAGGGUCAGUUCCCAGCACGUACUGUAUGUGUGGGGUCAUCCUUUGCAGGAUCAGGGGCACCAGAUGCCUUCCCCGUCCUACUGCUCCUCAGUCUGGGCGGUUGCCCCACGCUGUCUUUGAGGUGGGAACGGACCUCAGUCUGGAACAACAGAUCCCAGUAAGGAAGACGCUGAGAACCAUUGCGCUAAUAAAGUUGUUUCCCUCGGCUAUCCAACACUUCUCCCUUUUGCUUGGUAGCUACAUAGGCCCUCUGACACUGAGCAGCGAGGGCUCGCAGCAGGCUCUCCUGCCUUCUGGCAGGAGGUACCUCCUCUCUGUACCUUGCAUGUUAAAUGAGGCUAAGUUCACUGACUACCUCAUGAGGAGGAGGAGGGCGGCCUGGGAGGCUCAGUUUGCUGGUAUUUGCCAUGCACUUUGAGAUCUGCAAGGCACCGGAGGGAAGGGCCAGGUGUUUUCUUACACGUGUUGCCCUGGUAGCCAAACACCAACCUCCCUCCUCUACCACAACCACCAAAGCACUUGCCCACCACCAGCAAAGCCCUUCCCAGGCAGCCCCAAAGGCAGGACUCACUGCGUGGGGGACAGCACCGCGUCUCGUGGCACAAGAGCCAUGUGUCCGGGGGGGGGGAGGUCCCUUGGCGUGGUGCAUCCCAGGCAGGCUGGAGGCCUCUCGCUGCACCUUGCUCCUUCUCGCAAACUCUAGAAGCCUGUUUGUUUGUCUGUGUCGCUCUAUAUUAUGUAAGCGCGUAUAAGUCUACAUUACUGUGGGCGGGUGGGGGCGUCAGCGGAAGAUAGAUGUAGCUGUGUAAAUGCCGUAUCUAUACUUUCACCAUUAGAGGGUUGAUUUUUUUUUAUUUGGUGGGUUUUUUGUUGUUGUUUUUUUUUUAAAUAAAUAAAAAGAAACUGCUUGACUGGUUUCAAGCACAAUUGUGAA